GGGAUGCAGCCCAACGGCACGAGCCCCGCGCUGCCGGGGGGCUCCCUGCACCCCCACCCCAACGGCUCCAACCGCUCCGACCUGCUCUCCAAAGGGCCCGACGAGGAGGACCUGGACGUCAACACCGACAUCUACUCCAAAGUGAUGGUGACCGUCAUCUACCUGGCUCUCUUCUUGGUGGGCACCGUGGGCAACUCCAUCACUGCCUACACGCUGGUGCGCAAGAAGUCGCUGCAGAACCUGCAGAGCACCGUGCACUACCACCUGGCCAGCCUCGCCUUCUCCGACCUCCUCAUCUUCCUCCUCUGCAUGCCCAUCGAGCUCUACAACUUCAUCUGGGUCCAUCACCCCUGGGCUUUCGGGGGGGCGGUCUGCAAGGGCUACUACUUCCUCCGGGACGCCUGCACCUACGCCACGGCGCUCAACAUCGCCAGCCUGAGCGUGGAGCGCUACAUGGCCAUCUGCCACCCCUUUAAAGCCAAGAGCAUCAUGUCCCGCAGCCGCACCAAGAAGUUCAUCAGCUGCAUCUGGGUCGCCUCCUUCCUCCUCGCCAUCCCCAUGAUCUUCACCAUGGGGGAGAUCUACGGCAAGGACCAGGAUCCCGACUCCCUCAUCUGCACCACCAUCGUGGACGCCUCGACGUUGAAGACCGUGAUCCAGGUCAACACUUUCAUCUCCUUCGUGUUCCCCAUGGUCGUCAUUUCUGUGCUCAACACCAUCAUCGCCAACCAGCUCAUGGUCAUGUUCAAGCAGGCUGCCCAGGACAACCAGGUGUGCACCAUUGGUGGGCAGCAGACCAUGCUCAGCAUGUCCAUGGAGCCCAGCCGCGUCCAGGCCCUGAAACACGGCGUCAGGGUCCUACGUGCUGUGGUGAUUGCCUUCGUGGUCUGCUGGCUCCCUUACCACAUACGGCGCCUCAUGUUCUGCUACGUCCCCUCCAGCCACUGGACAGAUUUCCUUUUCAACUUCUACCACUACUUCUACAUGCUGACAAACGUCCUCUUCUACGUCAGUUCAGCAAUCAACCCCAUCCUCUACAACCUGGUGUCUGCAAACUUCCGACAGAUCUUCCUCUCGACGCUCACAAUCCUGUGCCUGCCAUGGAGGAAGAAGAAGAAACGACUGGCCUUCACCAGGAAAUCCAACAGCAUCUCCAGCAACCACACAUUUUCCAGCCAGGUCACAAGGGAAACUACUUACUGAAGCCAAAGGAGGAAGGGAAUUGCAAGAUUCAUCAUGGAGUCGAAGCCUGUGAGAGGCCUCUGUGACUUUCAUGCAUGGUCUCCAAACCCACGUGACACAAAUGUGUUUAGCAAAGUCAUUGUUGUUGGAAAAAUAGGCUU